CCUCCUGAGACCCACUUGCAGCAGCGGCCCCAGACGCUGAUAGCUUGCUGGAUAGGAGCUCUCUGUAGCAGGAAGCAGGGGAGAUUAAAAAGGCCAAAGUGUGCUAUAGAGGGAACAGUCUGGGCAGGGUGCUUGUGAGAUUCCCCGCAGGCACGCCUUUUUUUCUUUCUUUGUUGCUGUUGCUUUAAGAACUCUUGCUGAUUUCUUCUUCGCCACUGCUGUGCUUAUCACAGGAGCGCACCUCUUCCUGCAUUGCCUAGCAACCGGACUCACCGCCUCCUCAGAAGGAGGGGAGCCGGCUUCUUCACACAGCACACUCUGCUCUCCGGUCUGCUGACACAGCGCUGCAAUCCAAGCACGAUCGUCAUGGCCCGCCUUUUCCAACCAUUGCAGGACGUGCUGUAGGGAGAUGGGGUCUUGCACUGCCAUUGCUGUUCCUCCAACGCCCCCUCGCCGAGUCCCCUGCUCCGUUCAGGCACUUCAGUUCUCCUCUUCACCGCUGGAAGCGCUCCUGGAUGUCAGGCUGCACUGCUCCCGGAUCCCCUAAACGCUCAUCCCCCCCCUUCUGGGUGCCUUUCUCUGUCCUGAGAGGAGCAGGCGGGUCAUGCCUGGACCAAACCACCUGUGAAAGAAGGGGUGUUGUGGGGAUGCCGCAGCGGCUCAGCCAACUGGAGAAUCCGUGGCAGAAAAUGGAGGUGUAUGUGACCGGCAGCAGCGAGUUAAAUGGAUUGAAGAUGAUGGAUGAGCCAAUGGAGGAAGGGGAGUCUUUAUUACCUUAUGAUGAAGGAAAUGUUAAAGAAAUUCAAAUUACUCACCAUGUUAAGGAAGGAUGUGAGAAAGCAGACCCAGCACAGUUUGAGUUACUCAAGGUUCUUGGGCAGGGAUCUUUUGGAAAAGUUUUCCUUGUUAGAAAAAUCAUUGGACCUGAUGCUGGACAACUUUAUGCAAUGAAAGUGUUAAAAAAGGCCUCAUUAAAAGUAAGAGACAGAGUACGGACAAAGAUGGAGAGAGAUAUCCUUGUGGAAGUUAACCAUCCAUUUAUUGUGAAGUUGCACUACGCCUUUCAAACAGAAGGGAAGUUAUAUCUGAUUCUGGAUUUUCUCAGGGGAGGAGAUGUAUUCACGCGGUUAUCCAAAGAGGUUAUGUUUACAGAGGAAGAUGUGAAGUUUUACCUGGCAGAACUGGCUCUUGCUUUGGACCAUCUUCACAGCUUGGGAAUCGUGUACAGAGAUCUGAAACCAGAAAACAUUUUGCUUGAUGAAGCAGGACAUAUCAAGUUAACAGACUUUGGCCUCAGUAAAGAAUCGGUGGAUCAUGAAAAAAAAGCCUAUUCAUUCUGUGGUACAGUAGAGUAUAUGGCACCAGAAGUUGUAAACCGGCGAGGUCACACACAAAGUGCUGACUGGUGGUCUUUUGGUGUUCUAAUGUUUGAGAUGCUCACUGGUACAUUGCCUUUCCAAGGCAAAGAUCGGAAUGAAACAAUGAAUAUGAUUCUUAAAUCAAAGCUUGGGAUGCCACAAUUUUUAAGCCCUGAAGCCCAAAGCCUGCUGAGGAUGUUGUUUAAAAGAAAUCCUUCAAAUAGAUUAGGUGCUGGCUUGGAUGGUGUUGAAGAAAUCAAGCGACAUCCAUUUUUUUCAACUAUUGAUUGGAAUAAGUUGUAUAGGCGUGAAAUACAGCCCCCAUUUAAACCUGCAUCCGGAAAGCCAGAGGACACUUUUUGCUUUGAUCCGGAGUUUACAGCAAAAACACCUAAAGAUUCUCCGGGAGUUCCACCCAGUGCUAAUGCCCAUCAGCUUUUUAAAGGCUUUAGCUUUGUUGCUCCGUCUUCUGUUGAAGAACAUAAGAUUUCUUCUAUUGCAAAUGUCUUGCCAAUUGUACAGCAAUUCCAUGGAAGCAGAGCUCAAUUUACAGAUGUUUACGAUCUUAAAGAAGAUAUUGGUGUUGGUUCCUAUUCUGUAUGCAAACGCUGUGUCCACAGGGCAACAAAUAUGGAGUUUGCUGUUAAGAUCAUCGAUAAAAGUAAGAGAGAUCCAUCCGAAGAGAUCGAAAUUCUUAUGCGUUAUGGACAGCAUCCAAACAUUAUUACAUUAAAAGAUGUGUACGACGACAAUGGCAGAUAUGUUUAUCUCGUUACUGAGCUGAUGAAAGGAGGAGAAUUGCUCGAUCGGAUACUCAGGCAGAAAUAUUUUUCAGAACGUGAAGCCAGUGCUGUGCUGUACACCAUCACCAAAACUGUAGACUACUUGCACUGUCAAGGAGUGGUUCACCGUGACCUUAAACCCAGCAACAUUCUUUAUAUGGAUGACUCAAGCAAUGCAGACUCUAUACGAAUAUGUGAUUUUGGAUUUGCCAAGCAAUUGCGGGGAGACAAUGGCCUGCUUUUGACACCAUGUUACACUGCCAAUUUUGUGGCGCCAGAGGUUCUAAUGAGGCAAGGAUAUGAUGCUGCAUGUGAUAUCUGGAGCCUAGGGGUCCUGCUGUAUACAAUGUUGGCAGGAUAUACACCUUUUGCCAAUGGACCCAAUGAUACCCCUGAGGAAAUCUUACUGCGGAUAGGCAGUGGAAACUUCUCACUUAGUGGAGGGAACUGGGACACUGUUUCAGAUGCUGCAAAGGACUUGUUAUCCCAUAUGCUUCAUGUUGAUCCUCAUCAGCGAUAUACAGCUGAGAAAGUAUUAAAACAUUCCUGGAUUGCAUGUAGAGAUCAGCUUCCACAUUACCAACUGAACAGACAAGAUGCACCUCAUCUCGUGAAGGGAGCAAUGGCUGCAACAUAUUCUGCUCUGAAUCAGAAGACGUUUCAACCCAUUCUAGAACCUGUUGCAGCCUCCAACUUAGCACAGCGUCGCAGUAUGAAAAAGAGAACGUCAACGGACUUGUAGUUCAUUUCAAGCUUCGUUGCCAAAUUGAAGCUUGGGAUAUGUAUGCCCAGCCUGUGGUUGAAAGGCAGUUAAAAUCUCUGUAUUACUUGAAUAUUCUGUAUAUGUCUCUUAUGGAAGACACAUUUUGUUUUGAUUCAUUCUGUGCUUUUUCUAGAGCUGGUGUUUGUGAUUUUAAUUUAAAUAUCAGGGUACAUAACAGAACUGCAACAUUUCUCCGAACCCAGUGAAACGAAAGAAAUGUUGCUUUUCUGAUUUCUUUUGUGACAGAGGCUAAACAAGAAGCUGAUCUUAAUUCUUCCUUCUCUAAACCGAUACUCUGUUCUAAUACCAUAAAAUAUAUGGGGCGGAGCAGAUCUUUGCCCAUGUUUUUCAGAAACCAAGUUUUUCAUCCUCUAUUUCACUAAGAAUUUGAAGCUUCAUCUGCAGAAAAGACAAAGGUUUUGGCUUUACUGUCUGUUUAGCUUUCCUGUAGAACGGAGUCCUCCUGUUUCAUUUAGAAAUUUGUUAUACGGCCUGUCCGUUUGUAUUACUAAUACUAAUUUGUACAUCUCAUGGAUUCUGAGGGCCUAAUACCAUCUAUUGGAUUUUGCAUCUAGUUCCUGAAACUGUGGGGGCUUUAAAAGCAGGAUUAUAACAUCUCUGCUCUAUGGAAACAUUUGCUUCUUAUCAGGCUGCCACAAAUGAAUUCUGCUACCUAGCGCUUGUCUCUGUUCCCAUGAAAAGGAUUUUUCGUCAGAAGACUUUUCUGUGGACUUCCUGUAGUUUAAAUGAUCCAUGGGUUGAACUGUACAUAAAUAUGUUGUAUUAUGUUUGUACCUAUUGUACUAAUGACUCAAUAUUUGGUUUUGUUUCUUCUAAUAUAUAUAUUUUUUUGUUAUGUUGAAGGUACCAUUCAUUGCUUUUUACCAAGUAGGUUAAAUUAUAUUUUUGUAGAACUAAAUAUUAUUGAAAACCAAAAUAAAAAAAUCAAGAACCUGGCUUGAAAAUGUAAAAAUGUUAGCUAGUUAUAUCUCUGUUACAUGAAGAAAAUGGUCUGAACAGUGACGGGAGUGUUGAGACAAUUCUACAGGACAGAGGCUGGCCAACAUUUUCUGAGUGCAGACGCAGUGUCUUGCCACUGGUUAACAAGCAUUUGUAUAUAUAGUUUAUUGUCAUUUAGUAGCUGUAAGUGGCCAUGUGGGCUUAUCAUCUUGGUGUUUUUGUGCUGCAGAGGGUCACAUUGUAUUGUCUUUUACAUCAAAGGAACGUCUCUGCUGCUUAAAACUUCAGGCUUUAGCUCUUCUAGCUUAUUGUUUUCUACUGCAUGUUUCUGCCUUGUGAUGCGCCCCAUCCUAAAAUUCAUAAGUAUUACCCCAAACAUUUAAGUGAUUAAUUCUCACACUCAGUGGUGAUAACUGUGCCAUGCAAAUACCUUACUAACCACAAAAUAUGUAUGGGAAAUCUAUGCAAGGGCCUUAAAUUCUCAAUAAAAACACAGUUAAUCUUUAAAGUUUAAAUCUAAAGUUUGGAGAUACAUCCAGUAGUUUUUUUGGGCGUUGCUAAAUUUGGCUGCUAAUGUGUUUUACUUUAAGAUUUUUUUUCUAGUUUAGCCUCUUAGGAUAUGGCACGUGUGCGGUAUCUCUGCCGGCAACUGCUUACACAGGGAAAUAUCUUCAUUGGGCAGAAAUCCAUGCCAUGUGGACAGUGACCGGCAGAUUGCAUUCCUGUCACUGGAAACAUACACAAGGUGGUAGGUUCUCUUCAAAACCACUGUGCAGCAUUAGCCUUAGGAAACCUAGUUUACAGAGUGCCUCUCCUGAUCCAGAUGUUGUCCAGAGUUGUUAAGAAAAAAAUGUAAAAAGUUUAAAAUAUUUAGAAUGUAUCUGGUUUUCUGCUCUUUAGCCUGAAUGUUACUGCCUGUAAGGAUACCAUAAUGCAAGAGUCUUGUAUUGUACAUUUUUCAUCACGCCAUUGUUUGAAAUGUUUAUGGGCCAAAUGUAUGUAUAUGUGUUUGUGUUAUUUAAAA